AUGGGGGAGGGACCAUCUGGUCAACUUGAUCCCAGAGCAGUAGAAGGUAGACAGGUACAUAGUAGAUACAGCUGAAGCCUCCAGCACUACAGGCCUGAUCCUGACAUUGAUUACAGUGGACUCUGGGCCAGUCCCCAUGUGCAAGUGGCCAGUGAUUCUGUCACUCAUAUUGUGGCAGAGAACAAUUCUUGUGCUGAAGUUCUGGAAUGGCUGAGAGGACACAAGGUGAGGGACAGUUCAAGGUUCGAACUCCUUGAUAUCUCUUGGUUCACGGCUUGCAUGGAAGCUGGAAAACCAGUGGAUUCAGAGAAAAAACAUCGACUCAUCGUGCAACAAGCUUAUCCUGCUACUUCAGACACACCUGAAUCAGAAGCUUCAUCAUUUGUUGCAGGCAGAGUCUCCCAGUAUGCAUGUCAAAGGAGGACCACCUUAAAUAACUGCAACAAAAAGUUCACGGAUGCUUUUGAGAUACUGGCUGAAAAUUACGAGUUCAGAGAAAAUGAAGUACCUUGCCUUGCAUUUAUGAGAGCAGCCUCUGUGCUGAAAUUCCUUCCAUUUACUGUAGUCAGAAUGGAAGAUCUAAAAGGACUGCCCUGCAUGGGAGGUGAAAUCAGAAAUGUCAUUGAGGAGAUUAUUGAAGAAGGAGAGAGUUCUAGAGCUAAAGACAUGUUAACUGAUGAACGAUACCAAUCAUUUAAACUGUUUACUUCUGUCUUUGGAGUGGGAUUGAAGACAUCAGAAAAAUGGUACAGAAUGGGUUUUCGGACGCUGGAAGAAGUAAAAGCUGACAAGACCCUGAAGCUAUCAAGGAUGCAGAAAGCAGGAUUUCUCUACCACGAAGACCUCGUUAGCAAAGUAUUUAAGGCAGAAGCAGAUGCAGUAAGCUUGAUUGUUAAAGAUGCUGUACGGACAUUUUUACCAGAUGCUUUAGUGACCACAACUGGUGGCUUCAGAAGGGGUAAGAAGAUUGGACAUGAUGUCGAUUUUCUGAUCACCUGUCCAGGGCUAAGACAAGAGGAAGAAGUUUUACAUAAAGUGAUUGACUUAUGGAAAAAGCAGGGCUUGCUUUUAUACUAUGAUCUCAUUGAAUCAACACUUGAGCAGGCAAAACUACCAAGCAGAAAAGUUGAUGCUUUUGAUCACUUCCAGAAAUGCUUUGCAAUUUUAAAAUUACAUCAGCAAAGAGUGGACACCAGCAGCUGUGAUACAUCAGAAGAAUCUGAUAAGGCAGAAGUCAAAGACUGGAAGGCAAUCCGUGUGGAUCUGGUUGUAAGCCCCUUUGAACAAUAUGCAUAUGCUCUGUUAGGUUGGACUGGCUCCAGGCAAUUUGAGCGUGACCUACGAAGAUAUGCCACUCAUGAAAGGAAGAUGAUGUUGGAUAACCAUGCCUUAUAUGAUAAGACAAAGAAGAUAUUUCUCAAAGCCAAAAGCGAAGAAGAAAUAUUUGCACAUCUUGGCUUGGAUUACCUUGAACCAUGGGAAAGGAAUGCGUAAAAAGAUUUGCCAAUGUACAUUCAUCAGUACACAGCUUUGGUAUAUCUUACAGUUUUUAUUAGUGCUCAUCACUGUAGUAUCUUUGUGAAUCUAUGUAUCUAUGUUACAAGUGUAACGUGUCUUUAUUUAUAAAGAGAAUUAGUGAAAAAAAUGUUAGAAUUCAUUAUAGAUGGUGAUGUUUUAUGUGUGCCUAGAAAGAAUACCUAUUUCAGCCCCAAAAGCUUCUGUUCCUGAGCUGUGCAUGCAGUAGGCAGAGCUUCAGUGACCACAGUGUUACUCCAGUUUUAUGCUGAUGGAUUGGCACUAAAAUCACUGGAA